UAAUCCCUAUUAUCUACUAGUAAAAUCUAGUAUCAAUACUAUCAUGAACCCACGAGUUUCUAAUUUUCUAUUAUUUAUGUUUCGACUUGCGUUUCAAUUUUGUCAAACAUUUUCAUUCAUAUUGUUCCUGUAGCAUUGAGAGUCGAAAUCAACGAGUUUUCAGGAUCACACAUCUUAAUGAGCAGCAAAGAGGAAUUUUUAUCCAAAUCUCAACGCACUCAAUGUUGGUCUUCUCGUGAUAAUUUUUGGGAAUGUUUGCGCUGCAACAAUGACAAAGUGGAAAAGUGUUCGGAUCUGCGGGAAAACUAUGAAAAAGCUUGUCCUAUUCAAUGGGUAAAACAUUUUGAUAGAAAAUAUAAUUAUUUGAAGUUUAAAGAAAAAAUGGAAAAAGAAGGUUAUGAGCCUUUAAAUGAAAAAUGAUGUAAUAAUUAAUAUUUAUUGUACAAUGAUGAUUUUAGUUUAAUUGGUAGGUAAAAUAGUACUUGUUAACAAUUUAUAAGGAAUCAAUAA